GUUCCAUCAACACCUCCGCCUCCGCCUCCGUCUUCUCGACAUCCGCCUCCGUAAACAUUCUCACUUCUUCUUACUUCACACACAUUGCAGCGCAUCGCAUCCCAUCGCAUUGACCACGACGAUGGGCUUGUUCGACGGCCUCGGCGCCAGCUCCAACACUGCCGCUACCACGACCGCCGGCGGUGGUCUCUUUGGUUCGAGUGCAGCGCCUGCAACCAACACAGGUGGAGGACUGUUUGGUAACAACAACACCAACGCCCAGAGCAGCAACAACGCGACUGGCGGGCUGUUCGGCUCCGCUCCUGCGCCGACAACCUCAGGCGGCGGGCUAUUUGGCUCACAGCCAGCGGCAGCAAGCAGCAAUACUGGCGGUGGGCUUUUCGGAUCACAGCCAGCGGCACCAGGCAGUACCGCGGGCGGCGGGCUCUUUGGCUCUCAGCCCGCGGCAGCGAAUAACAAGACGGGAGGAGGUCUGUUCGGAUCGAAUACUGCUGCUAGCUCGAAUACUGGAGGAGGAGGCUUGUUCGGUAACGCGAGCAGCAACACUGGAGGGGGACUCUUUGGCUCAAGCAACACGAAUAACAAUACCAACAACAAUGCUGGCACAUCAUCUCUGUUCGGCGGAGGAAACGCAAACACAAGCACAAACAACACUUCCUCGCUAUUUGGAGGAGGUGCGACGCAGAAUCAGCAGCAGCAGACUGGUGGUGCUUCCCUCUUCGCGAACAAUGGACCCGGCGCAUCAAUAUUCGGCAGCGGUUCGACAACGAAUGGACAAGGCCAACAGUCAGGGGCACUCUUCGCUAAUCCAGGUCAGAAUCAACAGCAGCAACAGCAAGGCCCAGUCGCCAAUUCCUCUAUUUUCAACCCACAAACAGUCUCUGUCGGCGGUCUUGGCCACACCAUGACCAAUGCACAACUCCAGCGUCUCCAAUUCAGCGGCGCAUCGACUGUGCCCAAUGAGAAGAAGAUUUCUGAACAGAUCCAGACAGUUGUGAAGAAGUGGAACCCUGAUAUUCGAGAAGAUCCGAACAGCCAGACCAACCCUCGACGGACGACGCUACUGCAAACGUACCUCUACAAUGCUGUACCGAAAGAGUACGCGCCCUUCUUCUAUCCAGACGCUGCUAGAGGUGAAGAUGAGAAGAGUUGGGAAGAGGCUCUGAGUCAAAAACCAGAACUGCCCAACGUAGACGGACAGGAAGUUGCGGGCCUAUCUUAUGUACCAAUCCUUGUGGUGGGGUUCAAGGCAUUGGGCGAUCGAGUAGAGACACAGGCAAAGAUCAUCCAAGAGAUGCGAUCGAGAUUGCACGAGAUGAACAACUCGCUCUCCGCGGUCAUGGAUGCACAUCAGCAGAAAAUCACAGUCAAAAUCGCAUCAGCCAAGCGCCAGCAUCAGGUUCUCUCACAGCGAUGUUUGCGUCUGGCAGUCAAAGUGCAGGUCUUGCGGAAUCGUGGCUACGCGCUGGAUGCGCAAGAGGAAGGUUUGCGGAAAACACUGUUGAGCUUAGAGCGGCAAGUCACCGACCCGACGUAUGUUGGUAGAGAAGACGAGAUCUGGGCGAGAAUGGUGUCUUUGCGUGAGAGAGCCAGAUGGCUGGAAGAGGAAGGCAAGAGAGUUGCCAACCAGGUCAAUCAACAGAACCAGCAGGGGCAGGAGGGUACUGCCAGCGCUGGGUUGUCGGAAGACAUACUUGCCAAGACGAGAAAGAUUCUGAAAGACUAUGAUGGGCAGCUGCAGCAUCUCAACAAGGAGCUGGAAGAGGUGAAGAAAGAGUUUGCAGCCUGGGAAGAGAUCAAGGGCCGGAGAUGAGGAUUGAUGAAAAACUCUGAAGGCAGAACUUGACUAGUUUCUGGCAUUACCGUGACACCUCUUCGGACUAAUCAGACAAGCUAGGCCUUCAACUAGCUAUAACUCCUUCGACCUGUAACUAAAUCGCGGUGAAAUUUCACGCCUAAAAUGGGUACAGCUAUUACCCACCAAACCGAUCCCCCUGCCCAUAAUUACGA